AUGGCGAUGGAGCUGGUGACGACAGGCGGAUCAAUUUGUUGUUACAGCCAGUACCAACGAAUGCUGAGUACUUUAUCACAGUGUGAAUUUUCAAUGGGAAAAACUCUUCUGGUGUAUGAUAUGAACCUGAGAGAAAUGGAAAAUUAUGAAAAAAUCUACAAGGAUAUAGAAAAUAGUAUAGCUGCUGCACAUGAGAAGAUUUCUGAAUGCAAAAAACAAAUCCUGCAAGCAAAAAGGAUUCGAAAAAAUCGCCAGGAAUAUGACGCUCUGGCCAAAGUCAUACAACACCAUCCAGACAGACAUGAAACACUGAAGCAGCUGGAAGCUUUGGGAAAAGAACUGCAACAUCUUUCUCACAUUAAAGAAAAUGUUGAAGAUAAGUUGGAGCUGAGAAGAAAGCAGUUUCAUGUUCUCCUGAGCACCAUCCAUGAACUUCAGCAAACCCUGGAAAAUGAUGAAAAACUUUCAGAAGCCGAAGAAUCUCAAGAAACUCAGAUGGAAACAGAGACCAAACAGUAGAUGCAACAUGAAGACUACUGACCAUGCUAUCAAAGAAUAUCCAAGUGUCUUCACUUUCUAUUGAAGCCAACAGUAAGAGAGAUGGAGCUGAAAAAUAAUUUUCUAAUGCUUCUGUGAAUUUUUAUACAAAAAUACUUGUUUUGCUUAUGUUUCAGGAAAAACAGUUACAGAUCUGUGCAGACAGGCACUUUGCAUUAAUCAACAGUCUUUGUAAUUUGUGACAAGAAAGAUGUUUUCUGUUACAAAGGAAGAAGCUUCUGCACAGUACUUGUGAACUAAGGUGUUUGCAAAACAUGGUCAAUAAAAGGUGUUU